AUGUGGACCAUAGGCAGCCUCGAUGUGCAGGAAUCCGCUCUUGUGGGCGCGCUGAUUGUGGACUUCGCUAUUCAGUGGGUGGGCUGGGCUGUGUCAGCAGCAUUUAAGACAGAGAAGCUUUAUGAUGCACUCGGCAGUUCAGCCUUCGCAGCAUGCGCGAUCGGCACCUUGACAUAUGCAAAAUACUAUUAUGCUCGCCAGAUCGUGGCCACUGUCUUUGUGAUGGUGUGGGCAGCCAGACUCGGCGGCUUCUUGUUCUUCAGGGUCCUCAAAACUGGCUCGGACAGCAGAUUUGACGAAGUCAAAGAACAGCCAUUAAAAUUUUGGAUUUACUGGACGCUGCAAGCGGUGUGGGUGUGGGUGACGCUCCUGCCUGUCAUCAUCUUGAAUGGCAGCGAUCACAAUCCAGGCUUGUGGCCAUCAGACAUCAUCGGUGGUCUGCUCUGGGUUGUGGGCUUUACUCUAGAGACAACGGCAGACUUUCAGAAGUAUGCCUUCAAACAGAACCCGGCCAACAAGGGCCGGUUCAUCAGCACAGGCGUGUGGAAGUAUGCUCGCUAUCCAAACUACGGUGGGGAGAUGCUGGUCUGGUGGGGCCUCUGGCUGCUGAGCAUCCCAGUCCUGGACGGCGGUUACUGGGUCUGUGUGGUGUCGCCGCUGUUCCUGAUGUUCCUGCUGCUCUUUGUGAGCGGCGUGCCGCUGCAGGAGAAGCAGGCCAAGGAGCGCUGGGGCAGUGAGAGCGCCUACCAGGCCUACCGCCGCUCCACCUUCCUGCUGUUUCCCAUCCCAAAGUUCUGGCGCAAGGAGAAGCCCGAGGUUGAGCAGGAGUUGCAGGCGUGACCUGAUGCCUUGGAUGAGGAUGUGCUCAUGCGGAAUUCUGGAUAUCAGCCGGGAGCAUCUCGCAAUGCAUGCACUUGGUAGCACCAUUUUCCUAGCUUUGGAAUUCUUUGCACCGCUUUUUAGAAUUGUUUAAACAUUCCGAAGAACUUGAGAUAACAAGUCAUUGUCAGGCCUUUGCCAUCUGUCAAUGCAGAACGGCUUGCUGAUUGAAACAAAUAAGCAGAUAAUUACACAUUGCUUUGCAAGUAUGAGUAUGAUUUGCAAGAACUGCUGCAAGC